UUUCCUUUUUCUUUUUCUUCUUCUCACAACUUCUUCACUCACGAAACCAAAAAAAACUCAAAAUCAAUCGAAAUCGAAGAAAUCAAAUUCAGCAAUCAUGAGUAGCAUUGGAACAGGCUACGAUCUAUCCGUCACUACCUUCUCUCCCGAUGGUCGCGUUUUCCAGAUCGAAUAUGCUGCCAAAGCUGUCGACAAUAGUGGGACUGUUAUUGGAAUCAGAUGCAAGGAUGGAAUUGUGUUGGGUGUUGAGAAGCUUAUCCCUUCGAAAAUGAUGCUUUCGGGUUCCAAUAGAAGAAUUCACGCGGUUCAUCGCCACUCUGGAAUGGCUGUAGCGGGACUAGCUGCAGAUGGAAGGCAAAUUGUUGCUAGGGCUAAGUCUGAAGCAACUAACUACGACAGCGUGUACGGUGAUCCAAUUCCUGUCAAGGAACUUGCUGACCGUGUGGCUAGUUACGUGCACCUCUGCACAUUAUACUGGUGGCUCAGACCUUUUGGAUGUGGUGUCAUACUAGGUGGUUAUGACAGAGAUGGACCACAGUUGUACAUGGUCGAACCUUCUGGUGUCUCUUAUAGGUAUUUUGGUGCUGCAAUCGGGAAGGGCAGACAGGCUGCGAAAACGGAGAUUGAAAAGUUGAAGCUUGCAGAUAUGACCUGCCGACAAGGAGUUAUUGAAGUAGCUAAGAUUAUAUAUGGAGUUCACGACGAGGCAAAGGAUAAAGAUUUCGAACUCGAAAUGAGCUGGGUGUGCGAUGAAUCAAACCGUCAACAUGAAAAGGUUCCAGAGGAGCUUCUAGAAGAAGCCAAGACAGCAGCUAAAUUAGCUCUUGAAGAAAUGGAUGCAGAUUAAGAUAUUGAAAAUAUUCAUCCCAAAGAUGCAUUUCAUAACUUGUAACAGAGAGCAUUGGGAACAUCUAUAGAAAUUUCAUAGGCUUCAAAAUUUGGAUUUUGUAUGCUUCUUGAUGAUUCAAUGCCCUUGUUGAUUUCUGUUACUGUGGAGAACUGUUUCAAAGUGCUUUAACUACUUCCCUCAUCAAUUGAUUUAGUGUUUCAUUUAUUUUAUCA